GGGAAAUACAAAAAGCGAAACUCAAUCUUCAGCUUUUCAUUUUUCAAGUGGUCCGCCAGUCAACAUCAAUCCAGCAGCGAAGAUGGAGAUCCUAUGUAGAUCAUUACAGUUACUCAGUUUAACUCCAAGACCAGCACCAUAGAAAGACCAUGAUUGGAAGGGGAUCAAAAGGAUCAUGAGUUUUCUAGUUCGGACAAGACGGAGGAGGGAAAAGGGUCAAUGACCUCGACAAUGAAGUUGACUACUACAUCAACACCGUGAAGAACUACCUACAUCCUGUUGAUUUACCUUCUUCGCUGGGUGGCACUGCGUCGAAAUAAAAACCGGAGCAACAAUUAACAUGGGGCACCUGCUCGAGGCUGGCGUCGGCGUGCUGCUGCAAGGACCGCGACGGCGCCUCGUGGUCCUCCUCGGCUCAGUUCUGACCCCGCUUGGAAAUUUUUACAACUGCGGGUUUGCGGAUGCUGCUGCGGCUGGCACCGGGGGGAACGGGAUGAUUCAAAAGUUGAAACAGACUGGUCUGAAUUUGCUGACAAAUUGGGAUCCUAGGUACAAAGCACUUUUCCCAUCUUGACUCGUAAAAGCACUUCGUAAAGACAAGCACUUCGUAAAGAAAAGUACUUCGUAAAGAAAAGCACUUCGUAAAACAAAACGUAGUCAUGUAAGGCGACACGGCAGAUACUUCAACACACUAGCAGCGUGCGGGGGGGGGCCAAUGUGGUCCCCCCCACGCGCCGCGCCUAUAAGUAAAACACGCCAGGGAAUUUUCUUUUUUUUGCAGCAGAGGCUGGCUGUGGGACUUGGGGCAAUGCCGGGGAUUAGAAAUGCAAAUAUGAUGGCAGUGCGUUUCUAUACUUAAGUAUCUUGCUUCAAACAUUUUUUCAUUUUUUUGGCCUUUAUUCACGCUCUUUGUCAUUGUCUUUGGAUUAGUUUCGCGUCACUUCAUUGCACAAGUAUUUAGAAAUCAUCAUGGAAAAUGGCGCGCGGAGUCGGAAACAUUGAAAACGCCGCCGAGCUCGACGGAACCGCAUGAAGGGCGGCGGGGGCGGGUUGGAAGAUCUGCGCGCGUCGUUGGGGCCACAGAACGAGGAAGACUAGGCCGCGGGGCAUACGCACGCGGGGGAGGAGGGGGAAAACGGAGGCGAAACGAGAACAAGGGGCGCAGUACGAAAAUGGAUCGAGGACCAACAUGUUGGAGCAGGGGACAAGAGCGGAAAAGUAAGAAAUCGGGAAAAAAAAAGCCGUAUACCCGCGCAAUUUCUUACAUGUGAAUAACAUGGUGGGCGGGAGGGGUUCUUCACAUUUUUGGAAACGCCCACCGCCCCGACUAGAGUAACUGAAUGAUGAAAAAUUGGGGGCAGGGCAAAAAAAAAAUUGGGAUCCUAGGUAUGGCUUCCCGUGGGGCGAUAAGUGGAAGUUCCAUUGUCCCAAGCCGACUUUCUCGACGGGAUCCGGCUUGCCAGCCAAAUUUGGAGUCCAUGCAACGUGCGUACUGAAGAUUCCCGUGCAAGAGGUGCCAUGCAAAACGGUGUUUGAGGAAAUCACACUGCGGGGAAGCGAGAGAUCUCUUUGGGUGGAUCCGCACAAUAUGGGGACCUACGCGAUUACUUACACUGAUCCGGCACGCAAGGGUCGCACGGCACCAGAUGACGAUCUCUUCAAGGUAUGCGAAGGAAUCUCGCUGCAGUGCAACUCCACAUCAAUGCAACAUAGCCACGAGUCUUCAGUGUCUUAUUCGUGAUAUUGGAACGAAUUCCAAUUCGCGAGCACGACUCUCAUGGUGUUUCAUUCUCGGCCGAAGACAAGUUCAUGUCGACUUACACCAAGCAUGGUUCAGGCCGCUGCACGUGAAUGGACAGACGUGAGAAUUAUCGUCCGGGCCUACGAUGUGAGAAUUCUCCGGGCCUGUGUCGCUCCCAAUAAAGCGAGGGCAAUGUGAAGAAGAACAUGGCUCCCUUGCAUUCAGCAAUUGUGAAGAGAGUUCUUGUGGUUGCUUAUUUUUUAUCCAGCUUCUGCGCAUGAGUAAAUUGACGCCUGCACGUGGUUUUUUUACUUGCAUGCUUGUAGGCUGUAGCGCAUUGCAGUUUUUUUCUUGGUAUUUCGUGGCAGCAUAGUCGAGGUAGACCGGCAAACAAAGCUACGGGACCCGAAAACAAACCAACCCUAUACCGACAAAAUCAUCCUCCGCCUGCUGGAGGUCACGGAAAAUAUGAAAGUGGCGAGCUUUUGUCCUCUCCCUUGUCCUGAAUCGAAGCGCACGAACAGGGAAGUAAGUUCAGACAAGAGAAAUGAAGAAACGUUGUUGCAAGAAAUCUACCUAGUAUCGAAAGUACUGUUUAUUGUGUCGCUGUCAGGAUCAUCCGCAUUGUCCUGCAAGUAGGUAGUUCAGGUUCAGCUUCUAAAAACUUGUAAACUUUCGUAUUUGAUGUGUGACAAAGGAGGAGGAGGCAGGGGUCGUGCUGUUCACUUUUAUAGAGUCCGGAAAAACUAGGCCUACGUGCAACGUUUACGCCUGCUCGAUGUCGCAAGUGAAAUCUGUGCGAGACGGGUCGACCAACUACUGCAACAUAAAAAACUAUGAAGAGUGCUGUGCUGUGAUGGAAAAUCGACGUCAGAACGGACACAAAAGCGAUACCCAUAGCAGUUCUAUUUGAGGCGGCAACUAUCAUGCGUUGCCUACUUGUUGCAUGAAAAUCGAAAUCGAUUUUCGAUACGGACAUCGUCACAGACAUAGUGAGCUAAGUAUAGUUGUAAGUGCUGUUUGGGGGCACAGGCACCUCCAGAGUAGCCUGUUCCUGAGCAAUUUUCUCUUUCGCCUUUGAGAGCGCGACAACCCUAUUCAAGACAAUGACAAACUGAAACUACAUUAUUUUUUUGUGUGAGCUCGUCCAUUUGAUUUUGUCGACUUUUCACGUGACGUUAGCAUACAGGCCUGAUCUGUGGGCACAAGUCAGAGAACAACCGCGAGAAGAAUUGCCCGGUUAUGCAGUAUUCAUUUGGUGACCUCGGUUGGACGAAGUCGUUGGAUGAAGGCGGAUAUCAAUAGCAAAUAUGUCUGGGUCUAGAGGAACGCACCGCCGGGAACAGGCUUUUUUAUACUUGGCUGACAGGAGAAAAUAACUACGCGUCAUACUACCUAGUGCGAUGCUUCUUCGUCAUCUCUUUGUCAUGCAAGAAUCAACAAUGCAAUUACAAUUUGUACUUGUAGUCAUUUUCUUUGGUUUUUACGGACUGAGACAUUGACAUAGCAGCUCGUCAAAGUUGUCAUGCUCGGCUUCGAAGUAGACGAGGCUGCUUGCGCGUAUUUCAUCUACCCGCACAGAAGCAUCACAAUAGUCUGGACCAGAUCCAUAUUUGCAAUGCAGAGCGGGUUGGACUUCGGUUCUUGCACUCAGCACGACGACAAGGAGUGCAAAAGUGGCGAGUACCUGGAACUGGAACCGGAGGAAAAUCCCGUGCGGCAACUGGAAGUCUAUGACGAUGCGAAACAAGUGCCGGCGAGGAAAGAUCGGCGAACUAGACGCGACAGCACAUCAUCAAGUAGUGCCCUGGAAGUGUUUGACGACGGGUCGUCACAGGCGCCAGAUGACGAGGAAACUAACACCACCAUCUCCACUAUCAAACAAAAAACCCUUCAACGUUAAGAGCGGUCACUUUCACAUAGGAAAGAUAACGCAUGACAGAUUUUCUCAAGAAUUAUGCGUGUAAUUUUAUGAAUGUGCAAUCCUUAGCAUUAGCCAAAUAUCUCCGCCUUGGUUCUUGUUUUCCUGGUGUCUCAUUGCAUGAUGCAGAGUUCACGCAACUCAGUUGUGUUUCGUGUCAGCGUUAGCGGUUUUCCGUACUACGAAGAUGUCGUCCAUGGGUGCUCCAAAUGCCUUCACCGGGACAGAAAAGGGAGAAUUUCUCGACGAGCAGUGAGAAGAGCAGGGCAAGCAAGAGCGAAGCUCUUCUCGAACAGCGGCGCUUUUGAAGAAAUGGAAAAUAAGAACAAAAAGAAGUGCAAGUGUAAGUGAACACAGUCAGAAUUUGUCAGCUCGAAGGCUAAGAUAGAGUCACGCAAACAAAGUAGCUGGUCGUGGAGGACCAGCAAAAGCAACUCGUUCUUGCAUCGCAAAGACAAGAACCCGCAGCACCGGAAAUUUAUUCUUGGCCGGGAUUUCUUUUUGUUGGAGCGUACUGGUUGUACUAGACGUAGCUACUAGUACGUUAUGGAAGCGAU